CCUUAUAAGUAAAUCGUAUGACGCUGAGGGGGUGGCUGCGGCAUGUGGCUUCAAUGCCUUGACCAGCUCUCGCUAGCUCACCUUUUUCCAUGUUGGAUGGUGCAGGACUGCAAGAUUCUUGGUACGGCGCUCUCGAGGCCGCACAAAACAACUUCCGUCAACUCCUUACUUCCCACUCAUCUCCGGAGUGGAAACGUUUCAGUGACACGAGCAGCUCUUCAACCAAUGUCAAGGGCAAAGGGAGAGCGUCUUCUACUCCUCAGCCUUCAAAUGUCAUCCUACAUCGUAAGGUGACCAAGGGUGGGACGGUUUAUAGAGCCGUCUUAGACGUUCCACUAGGCGAAGAUGGUAUACCUUCUCUAGAUGCUUGCAAGGCCGUUCUUGUUAGUCCGGAACUGAGGAAGGAGUGGGAUCCUGCAGUUGAAGGUGCACAUUUGGUGGAAAUGUGUGAUCAGGUUACGAGAAUUGUCAAGACGAACUUCACAUUAGGGUGGCCUGCCAGCCCACGAGACGCUGUCACGAUAUCACGAACUUUCAACGAUGCGACGACUUUGAUAGACAUAUCUACGUCGUUACCUCGUUCGCCUAACGAGCCUGCCUACCUGCGACCGUCACCGCCUUAUGUACGAUCGGAAGUCACAUUGUUUGCAUGGUGCAUCCAAAUCCUCAAGCCACAAACCCCGACCGGCGAACAAAGCAGCAAGCAGAACUCGUCGCGCGUACGACUGACUUGCUUCUGGCAACAUGACCUUAGGGCAAUCUGGAACUUCGGUACUGCAUCCAGUAUGGCUCAACAACUGAGCUCAAUGAUGGUCGGCUUCUUCAAGACCGUCAAGUCUCGUGGAACACGGAUACCGCUUCUCGCAGGCUACGGCAAUGGCAUCUCUCUUGAACGGGUACGGUUUGCGAUUGACAGAGAAGCUCUCACGAUAGAGUAUUCGAUCGUGCCAGAGGAAGAAGAUCAUGCUACACAUACGUCCGAGCAGGGACUGGAAGAGCUCCAUGCUUUGCGUGAACACCGUCGACUGACGCGUUCUAUCGAAUGUGCUCUUCCCGCAAAUGAAGGCUGGGAUGUUCAACUUUCCACGAAAGCAUCAUCUGAAGAGGUCCAGAGACUUCCAUGGACUCAACAUGCCACAAUUAGUGAAUCAUCUGGAGCUAAAGCGGAUGAGAAGAUUAUGUUCAGCUUGAAGCACGCCGCGCUGCCCAAUGAACACGCUGUGCUUAAAGUCACUGUUGUAAUCGAGCUGUCGGGUCCUUCAAGUGGUCUCCGAUUGAAUGGAAUACCCCAGCCAAUAGAACGUGUAGAAGAACGAGAUCCGUCCUCGUAUUACAUGUCGCAAUCUAUGCUGCAGGAUGCUUCGAGUACCGCUGACUUUAGCUUACGUUCCUCCUCAACAUUCAAUACGGCUACGAGUGGUACUUCCGGCACAUCGACAGUCGCGGAGAGACCCCCGCAGGCACAGACUAUGACUGAACGGACCGCAGCUGCCCAGAAGUCGAUCUUAGCUCGAGUGAAACGCAGCUACAUUUACUUUUCAUCACUUCUUCAGGAACCAGAAGCGAAAUGGAGACGAACCACCGAGGCGCGUGGUGUAUCCAUAGCACAACUUGACUCCAUUGAUCCAACACUGGUUGUGUAUCGUGCGGAGGCGACCUUCGUUGGCCUUGGACUUUGGGAUCUAUAUGCCGCUAUUAUUACUCCAGGUGCUCGUGCAUACUGGGACAAAUUGUACGAUGACGCUGUGCUUCUCGAAGAUGUCAAUCCAUUGACGGAGCUUUGGCACUUCAAGACGAAACCUGCUUGGCCGUCUAAUGGGCGAGACUCUGUCUUAUUGAAGACGGUGUAUAAGUCUCCGACAACGAUACACGUGUUUGCAUUCAGUGCUGACGACCCAAACCUCUUCCCUCACAUUCCUCCUGUCGACCCGAAUGUCAUCAGAACGCAAGUCGAUCUACAAGGAUGGGCCAUUGAGGCACUUUCUCCCACGACGACUCUGCUCACCCUUCUGGAGCAAUCCGAUCCGAAGGGUUGGACCAACAAGACUUCAAUUCCUCAGCAAAUGAUAACUGCUGUAACCGGUGUAGGUGACUUUGCCAUCAAGUUUGGAGGACCUCCUGUUGUAACGAGGUUAGAGGGCGCCAGGGCCAAUGACAUACGAUACGACCAUGAGAAAGGCAGCUUCCGGAUCGAAUAUGAAGGUUCUCCAGACCGGCGAUCGUCUACUGUCGAAAAUGCGGACAAGGAAUCUUCCUCUCCUACUAUGCCGGUUAUUGAAUGCGAACUUCGAUGUGAUCUGGACACAUGGGCUUCGUCAUUGGACAUUGUAGUCGACCCUCCGCCACAAUCCAUUAUUUGUCUCCGUCGUCAUAGGCUGUCUUCUGCGGGAGGUGGGCUAUGGCUAACAAUCAGCCAUGAUGCCGUCCACGCUAGUGACGAACGGCUACUUGCUAUUGUUCGUCGUGCUCCACAGGGUGUAACGAAGGAGAAGGGUGUAGUGAUGGUCAACGGUGCAAAGGUGAAUGUCGACGUGGAAGAGUUGCCAGAUCGUGAAGCCAAGACUCUGGCCAAGCAGAAGCGUGUCAAACCUAUCCGGAUACCUCUGGACCAACCACCUGUUCUUGGUGUCAUCAGGAGGAGAAGAGCUGAAUGGGGGGCUGAUGUUGACAAUGCUGUUGGCGAUACCAGCAGCGAACGUACCUCUAGCCCGUCUUCAGUUACCGAAUUCUCAACGUCUGCUCCAAAGUUUGUCAACACGUGGACACGAUACUUCAGCUUUGCCGUGGAGCAGGCCACCGCUACUACUCAGCAAGCAGUUGCAGCCAUCUCUCCAGCGAUGGCAGGAGGUGCUGACGCUGUCCCAUCGUCAUCCAAACCUCCGAUGCAGUACGCUUUGGAAGCGUUAUCGUUUCUACAGCGCCUUCACUCUCGACCAAUAGUUGAUGGGUGGACCGUGGUUAGUGAGAAAGAAUUCCCCGUGCAUCGCAGGCUUUGUGAGGACAUUUCGUCAGUCAUCCCGGUCCACAAAGGAGAGAAAGUCAUCGAAGGUGUGUCAGCCGAAGAGGUGGCGUCUGUGCUGACUAGCUAUGACUGUCGAAGACAGUGGGAUACACGUUUUGACUCCGUCAAUGUCUUUGAGUCGUUCGGUGCAGAUGCGCAUACAGCAUUCGUCGUGACUAAAGGAGGCUUUCCAUUUCGCGACAGAGGAUUCUACUUGGCCAACCUCACCGCAAAGCAGACAAUUCCGGGCACGUCCUCUCGUCGAAACACCACAGAUUCAGAACAGCAUAAUGACAGUAGGGCCGCCGUCUUUAUUGCCUCAGCAUCUUUCUCUCCGGAAUCUGUCGCCUCAUUCUCACAAUCAAAGUACAACUCAUAUCAACUACCUGUUGGCCGCGUCUUCGUGGAUGGCUGGAUACUUGAAACGUUGGACCCAUAUGCUGCGGAAAACUAUGCUAUUCCAUCAACUCGUUGUACCAGGGUGGUCGCAGUCGACUAUGGAGGCUCAGUUCCAGCGGCAGUCAACUCCAUGAUCAAUGGGAUGCUUCCCAAGUCCAUCCUUGCGGUCGAAACAUAUGUCAAGAGUACAUCGCCGCCACCGUUCAUGAGAUUACCUGCUGCCAGUAUGGUGAUCUCUAACAAGAACGAUGAUGAUGUUACAAGUCACCAAUCAUGGUCACUGCGUAGGCGAGAUCCUCAUCGCACAUUGGUGAUCACCGGCUACGAGCCUUCGGACAGGAUCUAUCAUAGUUUGGUAGCGCUCAAUCCUUCUGGUGCGGGUGCAAACGCAAGUGCACAGAGUGGGAACGAACGGACACCUCGACCGAACAAAGUUGUAAUCAAGCCCCGGACUCCGUCUCCGCCAGAGAGUCAAUCAAGUGAAAGCGUCGAGACUGUAACUCCGUCUUCGCCAUCAAAGCAAGAUGGCUCGAAACGGUCACACUCCCGCGAUGUUUUGCGGUCGCCUUCCAUGUUUACGACCCGUGGGGAAGUUCGCAAUCCAAUCGAUCUCCUCGUGGCGGAGAUAAUUGUGGACUCUAAGCUAUAUCCAGAAGGAUACGAAGUCAAAGUGAACUCUAGGAUUGACAAGACGAAGGAUAAAUGCUUACAGCUACACUCGAGUUGGGGAAGUAGCACAUCACUCUCCCUCCCGGUGUCGUAUGCCGUAUACACGCUGCCUCCGUCGCCUCAUCAUUCUUCUGGCUUGAAUGUUGAUCGACCGCCGAGGCACUUGCUUAGAUUGACAUUACCAACGGCACAGUAUCAGGUGUCCACCAUUCAAGAUCCGCUCACUGGUGAAACCCGAAGUGCGCCACCCAAGCCUGAAUGGUUGCUAGAUCUCGAAGAAGGUCGUGCGGUUCUCGAGAUUGAGAUUAAGCCAGCUCGUUCUGGUCCAGGCAAGGUUCUCGUAGAUGGCCAACAUGUGACGAUUUUGACUGAAAAGGAGUCUCUUACGAAUAUUGGACGAGACGAGCUUUUGGAUACGCGAACAUCCAAGAUGGACUUACUUUUACGGAUAUCUGGUGACAUUGGACAGCCGCCACAAGAACUACAAACGCCUGUUGCAAUUUCUGGGUAUCUAUUGGACGAAACACCCUCACCCGCUCUUUCAACGCCUGUGAUUGACCCCGUGGAAAACCAGAGCACUAGUUCCGCGCCAGAUGACAGCGUGGAGAACCCUGACAUACGCCCCAUUCAGACGAUCACCUCAGAGGAAGCUCGUCCACCUGACUCUGCAGCAAGUGGCCUUCUACGCUUCCUGAAUUCGUAUCCGAAUCCACUGUUUCGCUUCUCAUCUCCUUCUCCUCGGCUGAGUGCUGCAAAUGCUGGUCAGGGAUCAGUAUUUUCAGAAUCGGCGUCAUCCUCUCGUCGAACUUCGACUAUGGAGAAGGACGUACCUGAAGGGAGCUCUAUCGGCGAUGGUCGUCUACCCAUGCUCCGAACUGCCAACACGGCAGUAUAUCCGUUAUCGACCGUUAUCGUUGUGGCAUUGAUUGCGUUCUUGCUAGGCUCCCUUUUACGGUCCUUGAUCUCCCCGGCUGACUUUAUUUACGUCGUCUCGGACAUCAAGGACGCUGGGGAUGUCAGCACAGGAUGGCGCGAAAUUCGGCGUCUGUUGGAGGUGAAGUAUAUCCUCGGUGGAUGGGAUUUCCAGGUUGCUGUCGUUCGCAGACAUUGAUGAUGCUGCCUUUUGCUUUGCUUUUCUUGUUGUUGUCGAUACAGUAAAUGAUUCUAAUGACUAAUUAGCUUAACAUCUGCACACCAUUCACUAGAAGUCGCCUCAUGCUUAAUCGCCUCGCUGAUACUUCGUGUCCCUAGCUCCACAUACACAUUUCGAAGCUUAAAACGCAUUGCGGAAUUUGGUACAGAUACAUUCUAAUGACAUACUCGUGCCAUUUUGACGACCAUUCUUCACAUUUUAGAUCCUUCGUGGCUUCCUUUGAAUGAUGGCAUCGUGAUGAGCGGAACUACAAGCCAUUACUUCGCCUUGUCUCCACGCUUCAAGGAGCAAACGAAAUCAGUCAUCAUGUUUCUUGCUCCAUGCUUGAUUUCAGAGCAAGAAAUCCUUGUAUCAACACAGCGUUCGUAACACUGGAUUUUGUGUUUACCGCUCCGCAGAUGUUCACCGACGGAUAUUCAACAGGUCUUUUGUACUUGUGCCUGGUCGUGAUGAUUUCAAUACACACAAGUUUGACAUAUGCAUGACAAGGAUUCCCUCCGUCAUUGAGUCUUUAACCAGUGCCAUGAUUGCGACAUGUCCAAGUGUUAGUUGCAAAGCACUGCGUCGGCCCAUCAUGAUACUCUUCCGUUUGCUGUACCCAUGCAAUAUAGGCUUUCUUGCUGUCGAUG